AUGAUAGAGUGCAGGUGGUGCUUCAUUCCUACUAACCGGAUACUUGCUAGCGCAAGUAUGACGUUCGAACUGCUGUAUUUUAUCGUAGUUGUUCUUGUGAUCGGCCAUUCCUCGGCAAAAUGCGGCGGAAAGAAGGAAGUGAAAAAAGGAGGGUCGGCUUCUGUGAUGAACAAACCCGGAGCACCUGCAGGUGCGCCAAAGGCCAAAGAGGAUAAGAAGGAUGAAGCAAAGAGUAAGCAAGAAGCACCUGAAAAGAAGGAUGAAAAGAAAGAAAGCGAUGAGAAAAAGGACGAGAAGAAAGAUGAGAAGAAAGAUGAGAAGAAGGAUGAAAAGAAGGAAGGCGAAGAGAAGAAGGAGGAGGAAGCAUCUGAAGGAAAGGAAAAGAAGGAGGAAGAAAAGAAGGAGUAG